UAUAUUGUGUGAUUUGUGAUGGUAUUGACCAUGUAAAUCAUAGAUGCCCUUUGCUGAAAAAAAAAUAGGCCAGUUGCACAUGCUGUUGGGUAUGCGGUCCAUGGACUGAGUUUUUACCAUAUAUCACAUUCACCUUUGCCAAGAUCCAAAAAGGAAUCUAAAUCAGCAAUUAUCUCAGUGGUUGGUGAAGCACUUAGUAAAGAGCAAGUGGUGUCCCAGCUUCAGAGAAUUUUCCCUGGGAAAUGGGUGUGGAAGUUAUUUGAACAUGAGCAGAAUGUUUACAUAACCAAGUUCCCAUCUAAGAGUGAUCUGCAUAGGGCCAUUGCAUUUGGAGGUGCUGAUGUUAAAGAUGUAAAUGGGGCUCAAGGUAUUAGACUUAAGUUUGACGUCUGGACUAAAAAAGAGGAAGGUUUCCUGUUGCCUAAGGUGUGGGUUAAGGUGUUUGGAAUAUGCAAGUCCCUGAGAGGAUUCAAGAACCUGUAGGAUGUGGGGUCAAUGUUAGGUUCAACUCAGAUGGUGGACAUGGAGACAAUUAGGAAACAUGACUUUGGGAGAAUUCAGGUGGCUGUUUUGAACCCAAACCAUAUACCUGCUCACUUGGAUAUAGUGAUUGGUGACCACUAUUUCGAGUUAGAGUUUGAAGUGGAGAAGAUAGGGGUGGAUGAAAAUAGGUAUGAAAUGGAGAUAGGCUGGGUGGGUGGAGAUGAUGAUGGGGAAGGGAAUGAAGAAAAGAGAUUUAAGAAUGAUGGCUCAGAAUCUAGGGAUCCUAAAAGGCAGAAAAAUUCUGGUAAAGUAGAACAAGAAGGAGAAAAAGAACACGAAAGAGAAGGUGAGUACACGGAGAACAUUGGGCAGAAUUGCAGUCUGAGCUUGGGAUCGGUUGCGUUUCUUGAGAAGGUGAAUAAUAUGUCAGAGGAGGUGUUUGAGGCUUUCCUAAGGAAGAAAGCUGAUGCAAUUCUUGAUGGAGUGGUGAGUAAAAUUGUGGGUGAAAUAGCAGAUAAGGUAAUAGCAGAACAAAAUGAAGUAAUGGUCAAAAAGGAAGAAGAGUGGAGUGAGCCGGACGGCGGUGCUGAGCUUGAAAAGGAGAAUAAUCUACCUUCUGAAAGUCAGGAGCCACCUCAAUAUAGUUCUGAAAUUGAACAAACAGUAGUUAGUAUCGGGGGCUCACAAGAAAAAGAAUCUCAUGGAAGUCAGAUCUUUAAACAGCAAAAUUCUGAAGAAAUGGAAAAAAUGAGGUUGGGAAGAGCAUUCCAAUGGUGGCAGCAAUUUCUGAGGCUGUGGUGUCACCAACUCAAGCAAGUCCAAGACUGGUUGGGGUUAGCUGAUGAGCAUGUUUUGAAGAAUGCAGAGAGAAGAACUGCAGCAAAGAAUCUGGAAUCUAAAGGUACUCUACAGAGGAAUUUAUUGGGCAAGAUUUUGGUCGCAGCUAUCUAAAGAGGAAGCGAUGAACCAAAUCAAAAGAAGCUGUCAACAGUUGGAAGGAGUAAUUCUGGAGCUGUUGGCUAAGAAGGUAUGGAAUUUCA